AUGCCUGUGGGGAUGAAUAAGAAUGGAUCUCGAUCUACUACCUCUUUGCCUCCAGAUCCCAUGGAGAUUGUCCGGAGCAAGGCCUGCUCCAGAAGGGUCAAGCUUAACGUGGGUGGCUUGGCCCAUGAGGUCUUGUGGAGAACCUUAGACAGGUUACCGCGGACAAGGCUGGGUAAGCUCAGAGACUGCAACACCCACGAAUCCCUCAUGGAUAUAUGCGAUGACUACAACUUGGAAGAGAAUGAGUAUUUCUUUGAUAGGCACCCUGGGGCAUUUACUUCAAUCUUGAACUUCUACCGCACGGGCAAAUUGCACAUGAUGGAGGAGAUGUGCGCCUUGUCCUUCAGCCAAGAGCUGGACUACUGGGGGAUCGAUGAAAUCUAUCUGGAGUCCUGCUGUCAGGCGAGGUACCACCAGAAAAAGGAGCAGAUGAACGAGGAGCUCAAGAGGGAGGCAGAAACGAUGCGGGAGAGGGAAGGCGAGGAGUUUGAUAACACCUGCUGCGCGGAGAAGAGGAAAAAACUCUGGGACCUUCUGGAGAAGCCUAAUUCUUCUGUAGCGGCCAAGGUAAUGUCAAAACGACAUGUUCUUUUUUUAUCGGUCAUGGCUAGGACUUGUGUACAGGAAGCAGAAUGA